AUGGCGUGCUGCCGCUGCUGCCGCUGCUGCCGCUGCUGCAGCUGCGCAGCGGCAGGGGCUGUCAUCGCGCUUCUUGCCGCCGUGCUCACCGGCAUGUGCUACAACGCGUCUCUGGCGGCGCAGCGCCUCAUUGAGCCAAUGCCUACCGCGGAGGAGCUGCCGGCGGGGGCACGCUACUUCCGUGACCGGCCUUCUGACGGCGGGAGGCUCGAAUGGCACGAGUAUGGAUCCACUGAGCCGGGCGCGCAGGUGUGGCUUCUUGUGCAUGGAUCCGUCAGCACCGGGGGCGUCUUCCACAUCUUCCCCGGCUUUGAUCGCCGCAUGCGGGAGUUGGGCGUGCGAGUGAUUGCGCCCACCAUGCCAGGCUGGGGCGCCUCUGAUGCCUACACGCCCGUGUUCAAGAUGACGGGUGGCCUGUGGUUGGCAAGAUGGACUCAAGACACGCUGGCGCUCCUGGACUCGCUGGGUGUCGACAAGUUUGCUGUGUCCGGUAUGAGCCUGGGUGCGCCCCCUGCCCUGGCCCUAGCUGCGGCUGCGCAGAGCAAGCGCCGCCUCGUAGCCGUGGCAGCGCUGAUCGCAAACAUGUGGAACCACCCUGGCUUUGACAUUGUUGAGGCCAUCUCCUACACAGCCAUGGAGCGCCUUGCCAUCCGGGCGCUUCAGAGCCAAUACCUGGGAUCGGCAGCCGCGUGGCUCAUGCGCAAGAUGAUCCUCGGAACGACGGACUUCAGCACCAGCCCGAUGGUCCCGGACGACGUCACGUGGGACCGUGGGCUGUGGGGGAGCGACAUGCAGCGUGCCUUCCGCUAUCAGCUGGCAGGGCAGGUGCAGUCAAAUCGGCUGGCGUUCAUCCACACGCCGGCGCCGUUGGUUGAUUGGGCCGUGUUUGACGAUUCCGUCCCCGUGUAUGUCUUCUACGGCGACCGGGACGACGUUUGCCCGCCUGUGAUGGCGGCCCACACGGCCACCAUGCUUCCGUGGGCAAAGCGGAUGGAGUUCCGUGGCACGCACUUCCACCUGGAUAUCUUCAGUGUUGCCCAGGCGCUCUUUGCUGGUGCAUCCGGCUGA